AUGGCAUCAGAAGUGAAUGCAGGCAUAGAACUGAGCUUACAAUGGUUAAAGAGCUCAAGUGAUGGUAGUUUUGAGCAACAAUUGUCCGUAUUAUCUAAUCUAGUUGAGCUUUCAUCUAGUUUGAAAGUGCAGAGUUUGGAGUCCAUCAGACCUGCAUUGGCGUAUUGCCCUAGUAACAAUGUGCAACAAUUGCGGAUCUACCGAGGUAUCUUAUUGGUUAUCAGAAACUUAGCGCCAUCACUCAAUCCUGAUUAUUUUCCCCUUGUGAUACAAAGUUUUCACGAGAUUUGGAAGUUGGAGGUAAACGAAUGGGUAAUCAAAAUACGACAAGUAUAUUGGGAAGUUUUAGCUAACUUUCAACGAAAUCAAUAUGUUGUGUCUAUUAAUGACUUGUUCAGUUGGAGUGAUCUCGAUUUUCCAUCUCCGGUCAUUCACUUUCUCUUUAGGCAAUUUUAUACUGAGGAUUUGGACGUGACGAAUGAAAGCUUGUUGCGUCUCCUAAAAAUCAAAGAGAAUCAUGUGUUGGGUGCAAUUCAAAAGUUGUUCCUCAAAGUGGACUUUGAAAAUGUUGACCAUGAUUCAAAGAUGUUUGUACAUCUUCUUUAUGAUAUAAUAACACACGAAAGCUUUUCCAAUUGGGUUAACCAGCAAAUCGAGGAAGUUAAAAUCCAAUGGUUGGAUCUUACAGCCAUUGUUGUUCAGACAAAGGAAGACUGGAACAAUUUCCAAUUGCUUGGAUUAUUGAUUUGGGUUGAGUCAAUCUAUUCAGAGUAUGCCCCGAAGCUCAAUCCCGAGACUAUCAAAGAGGAGACAUUGGAACGCGUAUUGUCCAAUGUUUUGCAAAUAUUUGCUGAGCUUGCAAAAUUCAAAGCAACAGUCCAAUAUUUUGAACAUAAUAGCGAGUUCCUCCCUCGUUUGAUCUCAAUCUUCAAGGUUAUACACGACAAUGUCAAGCGCCUUGCGAUGAAAUCAAAGAUUGAAGAAGUCGUCAACUAUUCACAUGUAAAGUCGUACAUUAUCAUAAUACUAUCCUACUAUUGCUACAAGUCUUUUCAAAAUCAAGAAUGCAUUCGAGAAAUAGGUGGGCUUUCGUUGGUCCUAUCAAACUGCCAAAUUGAUGAAAACAAUCCAUUCAUUAAAGAACAGGCAAUUCUAUGUGUGAAGUAUCUUUUGGACCAAAAUCUGAAAAAUCAGCAGUUUGUCGCUGACCUAGAAGCGCAGAAAACGGUAGACGAUAGUGUUUUACAAGAAGUAGGGUACAAGGUAGAUAUCGUUGAUGGAAAAGUGAGUAUAAAUAAACGUACUUAA